AUGGGCACGGUGCUGUCGCUGUCGCCCGGCUCCCGCCAAGCUGGCCUGUACGACGACGGCGCCGCCGGCUCCCUCGCCCACUACCCCAGCGCCAAGGGCGGCGGGUCCAAGGCGGACCGCAGCCUCAAGCGUCCCUCCAUGCUGCUGCCGGCCUUGACCUGGAAGCGCCUGGUGGCCUCCACCAAGAAGAGGAGUGGGCGAGGCAAGACCCACGACCCCCGUGGUGCCCAGGACGUGGCCCAGCUCAACCACCACAACGCCCAGAAGUCGCUGUCCUGCGCCAACCUUGCCGGCUCUGCCGGGGACGAGCAAUCCCCGGCGCCCCUCAGCGCGCAGCGGGUGCCCGCCAUCGCCGUCGCCGUCUCCGGGGCGGCCCCGGGCUCGUCACCACGGCGCGUGGUGGUGCAGGCGUCCACCAGCGAGCUGCUCAAGUGCCUGGGAGCCUUCCUGUGCCGGCGCUGCUACCGCCUCAAGCACCUGUCGGCGGCGGAGCCGGGGCUGUGGCUGCGCAGCGUGGACCGGGCGCUGCUGCUGCAGGGCUGGCAGGACCAGGCCUUCGUGACGCCGGCCAACGUGGUGUUCGUGUACCUGCUGUGCCGCGAGGCCAUCGUGGCCAGCGAGCGUGACCUGCAGGCGCCCCUGCUCACCUGCCUCUACCUGGCUUACUCCUACAUGGGCCACGAGAUCUCCUACCCGCUCAAGCCCUUCCUGGUGGAGGCGGGCAAGGACGCCCUCUGGGACCGCUGCCUGCGCAUCAUCCACGCCACCAGCGCCCGCAUGCUGCGCAUCAACGCCGACCCCCGCUACUUCACCCAGGUCUUCGCCGACCUCAAGAGCGAGGGCACCGCCCGCCACGACCUGGCCCCAAUCCUUGACAGGUGA